GCAAUAUGGGAUAAAAUGGAAGUAAUCCAUAAUUUUUCUUUCUUUGGAUGAGAAUCAUGAGAUAAGGCCAUAAAUGUAGGUUUCCUGGUCCAACACUUUAUACAUCGCGACACAUCAUCCUCAAAUCUUGAAUAGUCAAGAACUCCAAAUGAUCCUUCAAUUCUAAUUCUAUUACGGAGGAGAAGUAGUUCUUUUUCCGCUUGUUUAGUAUUCCCCUUUGUAUUUUUUCUUUCGCUGCUCGUAGCAGAUUUUGUUGAGUUCGGAGUUCCUGAGUGGACAUAAAUGGCGCUAAAUACCACUAAUUUCUUGUUAAUAGGAUAAACCAUUCAGUUGGUACUCACCCUGCUAACCUGCCUCGCCGCUCCCGACGGCGAAGUAUCCAUCUUUUUUUUAUCGUUGGAUUUUGCAAGAAGCUCACAACUUUUUUCUGAAAGAAAUGAUGUGGGAUGAUUGGGAUGACGAUGUACGACUUGGAGAAGAAAACGGCCACGAUGCUCGGCACCAGGAAGAACCACGCAGGCGAGACGAUGAAGAGGAACACGACGAUUCUUCUCACAUUAACUUUGAUUUAUUAUCUCUCAUUUCUAAUGCAAAGGAUUAUUAUCAGAUACUGGAAGUGGACUAUGAUGCUACGGAGGAGGCUAUUCGGUCCAACUUUAUCCGUCUUGCUCUGAAAUGGCAUCCGGAUAAGGUAAAAGAUAAGGGUAAUGCCACCUCAAAAUUUCAAGAGAUAAACACAGCUUAUCAAGUUUUGAUCGAUCCAGAAAAACGCCAGGAAUAUGAUAAAAAGGGGAUGCUCUGUGCCUAUGACCACAACAUAAUGGAUUAUCUAAACCGUAACAAGGGACUUAUUUUGACGUGCAACGGUCUCGGCGUGAAGAACUCGAUAUUGUAAAAAAACAACAAAAGAUUCAUGGGCGAUGCUUGCCAGCAUUGAAUCCUCCCCUUUUAGGGAGUACAUCUCUAUCACCAUAGCUGUUUUCUUUUUGUGUGUAGUAUUGUAUGUGACUAUGCUAAUUCACUAAUACCCCCACCCACCAUAUGAUCGGUGUAUGUGCGAGGCUUGUCUGCAUAAGUUCUGUCACUUCUGAUAGAACAAACGUCCUGAAGCCCGAUACCCUCCUCCCGCUGUUGUUUUCAUCUGUCUAUGGUGCUGCAUGGAAAAGGAAAUGCAAGAAGGAAACAUGUCACAGGGUAAUGUAAUCCUUUUCUGGAUUAUUUUUUGAAUGCAUUGCCUAGAGGUUUAUGAAAUAAUGCCUCCCAAGAGUAUGUGCAUUACUUUCCUCCAUAAAUAAACAGUAAGUCCUAAGGUACAAGCUAUGUGCCAUGAGGAUAGCACUCCCAGAAACAUGUGCACUUAAACUAUUGAUAUAUUAUGUGAAGAUUUUAGGCACAAGUGCCAUGUUGGUUUAGUAGAGUGACGAGUGCUUGUAUUUGCGAUAUCAUCAGUUCAAUUCUUGCUGGGAAUAAUUUGUCUAAAAAUAAAAUCGUGAUUGGGAGUUUGCACCA